GCCGCGGGGCGGAGUCAGGGGGCGCAUCGCCUGCGGGAGGAGGGCAGCGUGCAGCGUCUGCUGGGAGAGCCGGGAGGCAGCCGGGACCCGGGACGAGGCACCGACAGGCCGCGGAGCAGCUAGUGGGACGCCCGGGCGCAGUUGCGCUGGGGGCCGUGCCGCGGCUGGUAGCCAACUGGCCCGGCCCGGCCCGGCCCGGCCCAGGAACGAGAGGGACGUGCGCUGUGAGACGCGGAGGAGCGAGGCGCCUCGGCCUGAGAAAUAUCUAUGCAAGAUGUUGACAUUGCAUACUUGGAUAGUGCAAGCUUUGUUUAUUUUCCUCACUACUGGAUCUAUAGGCGAACUUCUAGAACCAUGUGGUCAUAUCAGUCCUGAAUCUCCAGUUGUACAACUUGGUUCUAAUUUCACGGCAGUUUGUGUGCUAAAGGAAAAAUGUAUGGAUUAUUUUCAUGUGAAUGCUAAUUAUAUUUUCUGGAAAACAAACCAUGUUACUGUUCCUUAUGAACAGUAUACUAUCAUAAAUAGAACAGCAUCUAGUGUCACAUUUACAAAUAUAUCUUUAUUAAAUACUCAACUCACUUGCAACAUUCGUACAUUUGGACAGAUUGAUCAGAACGUUUAUGGAAUCAGGAUAAUCUCAGGCUUACCUCCAGAAAAACCUAAAAAUUUGAGUUGUAUUGUGAAUGAAGGAAAGAAAAUGAUGUGUCAGUGGGAUCCUGGAAGGGAAACAUACCUGGAAACAAACUUCACUUUAAAAUCUGAAUGGGCAACAGAGAAGUUUGAUGAUUGUAGAGCAAAACGUGAGGAUCCCACCUCAUGCACUGUUGAUUAUUCUCCUGUGUAUUUUGUCAACAUUGAAGUCUGGGUAGAAGCAGAGAAUGCCCUUGGGAAGGUUACAUCAAAUCAUAUCAAUUUUGAUCCUGUGGAUAAAGUAAAGCCCAAUCCACCACAUAAUUUAUCAGUCAGCAACUCAGAGGAACUGUCUAGUAUUUUAAAAUUGACAUGGAUCAACUCAAGUAUUAAGAGUUUUAUAAGAAUGAAAUAUAACAUACAAUAUAGGACCAAAGAUGCCUCAACUUGGAACCAGAUUCCUCCUGAAGAUACAGCAUCUACCCGAUCUUCAUUCACUGUCCAGGACCUUAAGCCUUUUACAGAGUAUGUGUUUAGGAUUCGCUGUAUGAAGGAAGACGGUAAAGGAUUUUGGAGUGACUGGAGUGAAGAAGCAAGUGGGAUCACAUAUGAAGAUAGACCAUCCAAGACACCGAGUUUCUGGUAUAAGAUAGAGCCAUCUCAUACUCAUGGCUACAGAUCUGUACAACUCAUAUGGAAGACAUUGCCUCCUUUUGAAGCCAAUGGGAAAAUCUUGGAUUAUGAAGUGACUCUCACAAGAUGGAAAUCACGUUUACGAAAUUACACAGUUAAUGACACAAAACUGACAGUAAACCUCACAAAUGAUCGCUAUAUAGCAACUCUGACAGCGAGAAAUCUGGUUGGCAAAUCAGAUGCAUCUGUUUUAACUAUCCCUGCCUGUGACUUUCAAGCUACUCACCCCGUAACGGAUCUUAAAGCAUUUCCCAAAGAUAACAUGCUUUGGGUAGAAUGGACUGCUCCAAAUGAAUCUGUAAACAGAUACGUACUUGAGUGGUGUGUGUUAUCAGAUAAAUCGCCCUGUAUCCCAGACUGGCAACAAGAAGAUGGUACUGUACAUCGCACCUAUUUAAGAGGAAACUUAGCAGAGAGCAAAUGUUAUCUGAUAACAGUCACUCCAGUAUAUGCUGAUGGGCCAGGAAGCCCCGAGUCUAUAAAGGCAUACCUUAAACAAGCUCCACCUUCCAAAGGACCUACUGUCCGGACAAAAAAAGUGGGGAAAAAUGAAGCUGUCUUAGAGUGGGACCAACUUCCUGUUGAUGUUCAGAAUGGAUUUAUCAGAAAUUACACUAUAUUUUAUAGAACCAUCAUUGGAAAUGAAACUGCUGUGAAUGUGGAUUCUUCCCACACAGAAUAUACACUGUCCUCUUUGACUAGUGACACUUUGUAUAUGGUACGAAUGGCAGCGUACACAGAUGAAGGUGGGAAGGAUGGUCCAGAAUUCACUUUCACUACACCAAAGUUCGCUCAAGGAGAAAUUGAAGCUAUAGUUGUGCCGGUUUGCUUAGCAUUCCUACUGACAACACUUUUGGGAGUAUUGUUCUGCUUUAAUAAGCGAGACCUAAUUAAAAAACACAUUUGGCCUAAUGUUCCAGAUCCUUCAAAGAGUCAUAUUGCCCAGUGGUCACCUCAUACACCUCUAAGGCAUUUUAAUUCAAAAGAUCAAAUGUAUCCAGAUGGCAAUUUCACUGAUGUAAGUGUUGUGGAAAUAGAAGCAAAUGACAAAAAGCCUUUUCCAGAAGAUCUGAAAUCAUUGGACCUAUUCAAGAAGGAAAAAAUUAAUACUGAGGGACACAGCAGUGGUAUUGGAGGGUCUUCAUGCAUGUCAUCUUCUAGGCCAAGCAUUUCUAGCAGUGAUGAAAAUGAAUCUGCACAGAAUACUUCGAGCACUGUCCAGUACUCCACUGUGGUACAUAGUGGCUACAGACACCAGGUACCAUCAGUCCAAGUCUUUUCAAGAUCCGAGUCCACUCAGCCCUUGUUAGAUUCCGAAGAACGGCCAGAAGAUCUGCAGCUGGUAGAUAAUGUAGAUGGCAGUGAUGGCAUUUUGCCCAGGCAACAGUAUUUCAAACAGAACUGCAGUCAACAUGAAACCAGUCCAGAUAUUUCACAUUUUGAAAGGUCAAUGCAAGUUGCAUCAGUCAAUGAAGAAGAUUUUGUUAGACUUAAACAGCAGCAGAUUUCAGAUCAUGUUUCACAGCCCUGUGGAUCUGGGCAAAUGAAAAUGUUUCAGGAAGUUUCUGCAGCAGAUGCUUUUGGUCCAGGCACUGAGGGGCAAUUAGAGAUAUUUGAAACCGUUGGAAUGGAGGCUACAAUUGAUGAAGGAAUGCCUAAAAGUUACUUACCACAGACUGUAAGACAAGGUGGCUACAUGCCUCAGUGAAAGACUAGCUCCUGUUACAGCUCAGCAGCACCUGUAAAUUAAAGCUAAAAAUAUUUCAUCUGUGAUUUCAGAUCGAAUAAUCUUCACUCACUGAAGAUGAUCAUUUGCCCUUAAGGACAAAAAUGUACUGUCCUUCCCAGAGUAUCUGGGAUUCUACUUUAAGCACUACAUAAACUGACUUCAUCCUCUGAAUAGCUGAAUGACUUAUGCUGUUUCAGGAUGUUUGCACUGAAGAAAAACAAAGGUUGUCUGAAAUUUAUAAAGUGAAACUUCAUGUUUUGCCAUGUACAGAACAGAGGGUAUUUAAAUUAAAAGCAGUAAUAAACUUAGCUGUACUGAUUUUAACGAGAAUAGUCAUCAAAUAAAGUGGCUUAGGGAGAAUAAAAAAAUAAAGGAGCAACAUCUAGAUCCUGUACUUCGGCUGACAACAUAAUUUAAAAAGGAGCCCAGCUGGUGCAGUUAAUGAGUACAGCUUUUGUUGUCUGACAAAGAAAAAAAAAUCUGUUCACUCAUAAGCAUAUCAACAUAUAAAAUAUUAAUUAGUUCUCUUCAUUGGUAAUGAUGCUGCCAGUUACAGAGAAAAGGAAUCCUAGAGUUUUAAUUUGGCAAACAAAAAAUAUUAAUUUUUGAGUAUUAUAUAAUCAACACUUAGGUAAAAUUUUCACAAAUUAGCUAUCAUUUUUGACAGCCUCUGAAGAUUCAUUUCACAGACUCAGCAGAACGUCCAGAUAAAAGGAAUGAAUGUGACAAACUGUCUUAAACAUUUAAAAAAUUCUUUGCCAUUUGUAAAGGUUUAAAUUGUUAACACUUUUCUAUAUGUGUAUAUAAAUAUUAUUGACUCUUGUUAAGACUUCAGAGGAUUUGGUAAUUUGGUUAAUGAAGCACUUUAUGCAAUAUGUUUUCAGCUUAAAACGUGUUUUAACUUAAUAUGCUUCAUUUUUAAGUAGACCUAGACUGAAAUUUUUCUUUUUUUUCUAGUAGGUGUUUGAAGCAGACUAAGUUAGAGGACUUGGGCAGUAUUCACCAAAAACAAACAAACCACCACCCAAAAAAUUUACAUAUUGAUGUUAGUAAGUAUCACAGUUAGCAAACAUCCUUAUUGCAGAGGCACUUAAUGAAAAGAUAGUAUUUUAAUGUCUGCCAGUUCUGAGGUAGGUGAAACAGUUCUACAUGGUGAUUUAGGAAUAUUUUAAACCUCUUUCCCACAUGUUCUUUUCUUCAGGGGAGAAGUCAGUCAGGCCUCCAGAGUUUAGCACUAAACUCAGUUUCGCAUUUAGGUUAUCCCUACCCACUACGUUUGAUGAGGAAGCAGGAGCCAACACUAGGAGCUGAGUAAGAAGUUGUCAUAAAUCAUGUGGUUGACUACUGCUGUCAAGUAAGUUUGGAGAAAAUAGGUUUUGUUUUUCUGUCAUAUUUAAGUUACAGGAACCAGGCCAACUUAAAAUAGUUUGUAGAAGUUAUUGAAGAAUAAAAGACUGAGAAAAAUUGGUACACAGUUACAGGUGAAAUCAAAUUGUACUCAAUACUUUCUCAUUAAUAUUGUUCACAUUAGACUUCCUGCUCUACUUCACUUUAUCCUUUAUAUGCUUUCCUAAUACUGUUCACAGUUCUUUCAUUCAUAUGGUCUUUGUGAGACACAGCAGAUGCUUUAUUCUGAUAUAGCCAGUUCUACUUUAGGCAAAACAAAUACAAGACUGGUAGUAUGUCAGAAUUAGAAGUAGAUGGGGAAAAUUAGGCACAAGGAAGUCAAGUGGGGGCAGAGGAAACCCCAGACUCACACACACUACAGGUUAAUGGCAUCACUAUUAUUUAAUUUGGUCAUCAGAGGCUGGUCCAAAUCAGGACAAGAUUUAUCUUGCUAAAUGUCAAAAAAUUUAUACACAUUUUUCAUUUCCUCGAAACAAGCAGUCAUGUUAUGGUAACCACAUUUAGCAGUAAUCUCCCUCCUAACAAAUAUCAGUGUUGUGAAGAACAUUUUAGUGUGAAGAUUGUGAUGGGGGUGGGGGGUGGGCAGUUAUAAAAUAUGAACUCAUGAUCUAAAGGAAUGAGAAUGAAGAGUCAUUUAAGAAAGGAUAAGCAAAUUUGUGUGUUGAAACUUGUAUAGAACAUGGUGCAGUGAGUGAAUCCCCCCAGCCACAAGAGCACUUUAGACAUAUUAAAUGGAUAAAUGGUCACUGUGCAAAAAUUCAUUCAGGAAAAGAAUAUAUGUAACAUACAUCUUUGCCUCAAAAGAAAAGCAAUCAUGAAAACUGUUUUAAGUACAAAAUUACUUUUCUAAAGCAUAUGUGUUAGAAUAAUCUGUGUUUUGAUACGUGGGAAUUGUAUUUUAGGCAGGCAGAGAAAUCCAGUUUAUCUGUGUGAACAUCAGUCUGUGUUUAAGAUAGUGGAUUUAUUACUCAUUAAAUGUUUAGUAUCCAAAAAUUGAAAGUAAUACUAGCACAUCAGAAAACAGCUUCUUUGUGGAUGAAGCUAAUUCACUGCAGUUGCCCCUUAUAAGAUUAAAAAAAUAACAAUCAAGCAUAUGUUGAAUACACUGUUACUAUAAUUUGACUGUUGGUUACUGGUGUCUUUGGUAGCUUACCCCCGGCUCUCAUAAAGGCAGGAAGCUGAGUAACUGUUGGAAAACUAUUAGACUUCCAUUAAAAGCUAAAAAUUUAAUUCUUUUAUAGAAUGGGUCAUUCAGCACUGGGGAACAUAUCCAACAUAUGAGUAGAAGCAAGGGAAAAAGCAAAAUCAUUUACAUGUUUUGUGUUCAUAUCUGUUCGUUUAAUUGUUCAUUUAAUUUCAGCCUUUUUCUUCGAUAGAUUUUUUUUUACACAUGAAGUCACCCAGUGACCCUAGUUUAUUGUGAAGUUAAAGGUUAAUGAAGUUGAAAUAUACUUUUAAAACAUUUAUUUAUGAAAGUUCAAAUUUAAAUAGAAACAGCUUUAUAAAUAACAAAAUUGAAAAUGACUUUUUUCUACCACGUAGUUAACUAGUUAAAUUCAUGACAUGAAUUUAGAUGUAGAGUAAGUACAUACUAGAAUUCCCUAAAAUAUUUAUUAACUCAUGGGUUGACCAAGUGGGAGAACUCUUCCUCUAUCCUAUUAUAUUCCACACCAUUUUCCUCCUGUUUGGUUUUAAGAACAGAUUUCUAAAACUAUACCCUUGUGUUUUGGUAGUUUUAUUUUGUUGAAAUGGGUAAAGUGUCAAAAUAAUAAGCUAUAUAAAACUUAAAGUUCAAUUAUUAAAAAGAUACUGGGAUAACUUUCUAUUGUAGGUCAUGUUACAUUCUAUUGCCCAGGUAAGAUUACUUUAAAAUAAUUUUUUGCACUUUUUUGUAAAUUAAUAGGAAGUCAUCAAAUGGCAAGAUAUUUAGGUUUAGUGUAAAAUUAGGCAUUGUCAUAGAUUUCAAAGAAGAUAGCAAGUUUACAACGUAAUUCUUUAGAUGGUUUCUUGAUAGCAGUUCCUUUUCUGGUGGUUUAUAAACGAAAUGUAAGUCAAAACAAAACUUUCUAAAGCCAAAUGUAGUAUCUUUUGGCUUAGUCUAUUUUUUCAUUAUAUGCCACGAGUAUGUGUAUGCACAUGCUAUUCUAGUAUAUGUUGAUUACAUUAAAAUUCUUAAGAAGGCAGCUCUGAGUGAGCUCUUUUGUUACCUGUUUGUUCCUAAAUUUUUAAAGCCUUUUGGUAGUCAGUAGUUCCUUAAAGCAGGUGAAUUUAACUUCAUUACCCAGUUGUUUUUUAAAGUUGAUAGAUCAUGAUAAAAAUAUAUUUAGGGCCAAUCAAUGGUGAUAGAUGUUACAGAUCUAUUAUCCCUUAAACAUAAGCUUUGACAAUAACUACAUGUUUAAAAUGCCGUUACAUGAAUAACAUGAUGUGUCAGAAAUAAGGGGGUAUUUUAAAGAUGGAUAUUUUAAAAUUCUUUAGUCUUAAUGUAUAUGUAUAUUUAAUAGUAUACUCUAAAAGUAAGUGUGCAAUUUGCUAGGACUGCAGUACAGUGAUCAGCAUUAGGUAUGUCUCCUCUUUAUAUCCUAGCUAUGUCCUGUUUACUUGUAAGUGCAAUUCUUUCACGUUUGCUUGCUGUUUUACCCCCACCUAAUCUAACUUCAUAUAUAGCAGGCUUAUCUGGAGAGACUCUUGUAUGUAUUUUUACUUUUGCAGUGAAUUGCAUGUGCUACUCGUAACCACAGCUCUUGUUUUUAUGUUGACUUAACUCUAAAUGUUACUGUACAUGUUCUCAUAUAUCAGCUCUAGUCCUUUAAGUAAAUUUAAUAAAUUCUUACUCAAAUUUU